GGGGAUCCCUUACUAAGACAGAGCAGCUAACUACAGCCGGACUAAUUUAGCUGGGUAGGAAUGCCGAAGAAAAGCUUAUGGAACAUGUUAGGUUAUUGCAAGUGAAUAUACAAUGCCUUUGUGUUGAAUUUUUGAGAUCGGAACCACGAAACAAAAAGAAAAAGAAAAUAUUGCAAACAAUGCAGGUGUAGGAACAUCACAAUCAAUUACAAAUACAAGGAAGUCCUUCCUUAUUUCCAAUUACUCGUCCAGAGUCAAGCGAUACCACUAAUUAAUUUUUCAGAUCUUCUGUUUCAAGUUCCCAUUUCCUGAUUAUCAGAAAUCAUGUCUCUACAGCCAAAUAAGUAUUCACAAGAGGUGAGCGGGCGGGCUCAACGACCACGUGAGUUUCAAAUCGCCCCAGAAAGCGGUGCGUUCCUGUCUGCAAAGCAUCAAUACCUAGCCACCUUUAGGCACAUAGAAUGCACUACUAACAUAGGAUGCUCUACCUCUGCCUCUGUAGUCAUCAUGCCUCGUUCCAAGCAGGGAGACGAAAAAGGCCUCCGCCGAUGGAUGGAAGUUUGCAAUGGGGGCUGUAAUGAAAUGAAACUGCCCAAAGGAGCCAGCUCAGGGGGCUUUUCAAUUAGGGACAAGGCCAUCGAAGCUGCCUUGUACGAGAGCACCCAAACAAACUGUCAAACUCUACACUCGCAACGGUCAGGAGCUCCUGAGAUACUUAAUUCACGUGUAGUGUGGUCUACCGACUCGCCUAUUCCGGCCUAUUUCUCUCCAAGCCACAACGGUCUCAUACCUCACGGCCCCGAAGUAACGAUGGGGCAUCUAGCUCUCAUGCAGGUAAGGGGUCACAUAGACACCAUACAAGUUGAUUUUCAGACACCUCAGAGUUCAACCCAACGCUACAAAAGAGCAAUUAGUAAGUUUUUUAACAGAGUCAGGUGGGUCGGCUAAAACCAAGGGGCCAAUGUAGAGAAGCUGGUCUAUCAGGUAGUUUCAAAAUUUCCCCUUGUACAGGUGGUCAAUAUUAAGUCCUUAGUAAAUUAAAAGUUGUCAAAGACGUCUUUUCGAACAAGAAUAAUUACUACCCUUCUUUCUUAUCCUUAGACAAUGCAGUAUGG